CACGACCACCCCCACCACUGGUACAUAAACCUCCUCUGAACAAAUUGUAUAUUACGAAGCCUGGUUCUGCACACAAGACGUCGACAGCUCGGCCUGUCUCACACGGCGUGACGCUGCUCUUUUUAUAUUGCACACUGCUCAUUAACCUAGCCUAGCUGUAUAUUACUGGAAAUGGGCUGCUGUUGUCGGAGAACUGCUACACUACAUUUAUGUAAUUUAAUACAUUUUUUUUUGUAUGCAGUAUUGGCGCUUUUCAUUUUUUUUUUUUGUUGAUGGAUCUUCUUGGGAUAAUGUCGAUCAUUUUGUUCAAUCGUAUUUCCCCGCAAAAGGACAAACGUUUUUGGGCUUGACUCAAAGAUUAUAAUAUUUAAUAUAAUCCAAGUCCUUGUGUUGACUUGUUUUUUUUAAACGUGAGCAUUUAUAUUUGUGAGUAGUUGUAGGUCUUCUAAGCCUAAUGCUUAUACAAUCAUAUGAAGCUUUUCAUUUGAAACAUCAAAUAAAGCAGACCGGACUUGGAUUCUCAGCUGUGUGUCGUUCUUCUAAAAGUUGAAAACAUUGUAUGUUCUGAAUAGUAGCCUAACUAAAUUGAAUAUUAAAAACCCACCGAACGUUUUCUAUUCAAUACAAUAAAUAUAUAACGCACACCACAAAGCAAGCUUUGUUGUUUCACACAUAGACCCAUCAUAGUGAGCGACUGUCCCUACAAUGUCUUUGGCUAUUUGUGGCCCUCUGAACUCAACAUAACAGCCUGCAGCACACCAGUAGGUUACAAUGGUGUCCCGUUACUACUAUGGACGUUCAAUUGACGGGUAACGGAGGUCCAACACGUCUGGACACGCAAUGCAAUCGUAAGCUGUCCUGAAAGACUUCUGUGAUUCAUUAAGUUAAAUCAUCUGGGGAUAUGGUUUUAUAGAAGCUGUCACCGUGGAAGUGUCGUGUCCCGGGACAGCUGUAGCCCUGCUCCUUGUCGACGGGUGGACCCCAUGAUGGAGGUGGACAGACAGACAACUAGACAGAGAGAAGGGCGGGACUCACUCCCUUUCACGCUAAGAGAAACCACUCAGAAUUCCACCUCCUCUCCAGCUAAACUGACCUCCUCCAAGGCCCCCGCCAACGUCCAUUUCCCCCUGCCCUGCUGUGGGGGUCCCGGCGGUCCGGGAGCCCACCCUCGUCUCUCGGCCCUGUCCGCCAAAGUCUUCUGUGCUGUCCUGCACCCGCCACCUCUACCAGCCCUGGCAGGCCCUGGGCCCGGCAGCCGACCCGCAUGCCAGAGUCCCCCAGCCCAGGGUCCCCCAGCCCAGAGUCCCCCAGCCCAGGGUCCCCCAGCCCAGGGUCCCCCAGCCCAGAGUCCCCCAGCCCAGGGUCCAGACCAGGAUUCAGCCCAGGGUCCCCCAGCCCAGAGUCCCCCAGCCCAGGGUCCAGACCAGGAUUCAGCCCAGGGUCCAGACCAGGAUUCAGCCCAGGGUCCUCCAGCCCAGGGUCCACCAGCCCAGGGUCCUCCAGCCCAGGGUCCACCAGCCCAGGUUCCAGACCAGGAUUCAGCCCAGAGUCCGGAUCAGCGUCCACCAGUCCAGGGUCCAGCCCAGGGUCCCCCAGUCCAGGGUCCAGCCCAGGGUCCCCCAGUCCAGGGUCCAGUCCAGGGUCCACCAGCCCAGGGUCCAGCCCAGGGUCCCAGCACCAGGUCUCUGGUUCAGCUGCACAGUGAGCUACAAAGCCUCCGGGGGGACCUGGAUCACAUGAAGAGCCAGCAUAACAAGGAGAUAAAACUGUUGAUGAAUGAACUAGACGAAGAGAAGAGGGUUCGCUUGACAUUACAGAUGGAGGUACAGCGCAUGAAGAAACAAAUGUCAAAAUUACUGGAUCGUAAAUAACCUCAGUUAGGUCUCCUGAACCAGAAAUACUUUGCAUCGAAGUAACUGGGUAAGAGAGAUACAUUGUCCUGAACUGCUUGGAAAUAUACGUUGGAGAUGUAUUCUUGUUUAAUAAAUAUCUGUAAAAAUUUACAUAAAUUAUAUUAUCCAAACAAUAUAGAACUAUAAUUUAUGAAAAUUCAUAAGUUGGCUGCUUUUAUUAGCUAGAAAAAUGUGCCGAUAAUUGUGAAUGAACCUCAAAUAUCCCCAAUGGCAAGAUAGAUCAUGGAUGGAUUAGCAGAUCUUCAAUGAUGGAUUAAAAUCCAUCAUCCGGGCUCAAUAUAUUUGAUUAUCUACGUUUUCUUAAAGGUCCCAUGGCAUGAACAUUUCACUUUAGGAGGUUUUCUAACGUUAAUAUGAGUUCCCCUAGCCUGCCUAUGGUCCCCCAGUAGCUACAAAUGGCGUUAGGUAUAAAACGAGCGCUAGCUAUCCUGCUCUGCCUUGGAAAUAACAAAGCGCUGACGCUCCGGUUUGGAUUCCACGUAUGUCGUCAUACGGCAUAUGCGGAAUCGGCACAUGUUACCUCCCCUUUCUCUGCUUUGCCCUAUGAGCUAUGACCCUGUGAGCGCCACAUGUGUGUCCGUGAAUACACACACUGUAACGCAAAUGCUGUACGCUUUGUUAUUUGGAUAACCGUUCUGCUGUUGGUGUUGUGGCGCAUAACACGUCGGGUUCUCUGACGUCUCUGGGAUUUCCACAACGAGGCUCGUAGUCGGGGUUAUUUCAGCCAUGGUUGAGAAGGAAUUGUAGUACAUGAGUACAUGAACCGCGACACGGAGGAGAAAGGGAUUGUUGCCCGCGAUUGUUCCCCGCCGGAGCCCCGCUGCCCACUGUCGAGAAGCACCACGGUGGGGCCACAGCGCUGCCCACUGCCCGCUGCCGAGGUGCCAUCGCCGUGAGGCACCACCGCCGUGGGAUGGUGGUGCCUCGGCACUGCCCGCUGCCGAGGCACAAUGUAUCGCCAUUGCGAUACAUCCACUGUAAACACGAGCACAUGGUACCGUGGCCGCAAGCUGCUCAGGGCCACACCCCCACCCUCCACCUUUACCUGCCUUAAAAAACGGCACGGUUGUGGAAAGCUCAUUAUGGGACUGGCUCGUAGUGGCUGUAAUUCUGCAUCAUACAACUUAAAAUGUAAUGUACUGUAUUAAGGGCCCACUAACACCUAUAUAUAAGAAUCCAGAAAGUAGCAUGCCAUGGGACCUUUAAAACAAUGGCCAUGGAAUAUGCGAAGUUAUAAUUGUACUCAAUUAAAAUUAUAGUUUUGUAAGAUACAAAAAUUCCUUGUAACACAGCAAUAAUUCACAUACAAUAUUUUAAUGCAGUUUAAAAACUCUCAACUUUCCAUCUCAUCUUUUAUCCAAACAGGAAAAGACAUAAAAAAAUAAUUAUAAAUUACAAUGGAUCUUUCAUGGUGUAAAAAAAAAUGUCUGUCUCUCUCAAAUGGCACAA